AAUCCGCUGCCAGGAAAGGGGAAAUGAACAGUUUGUGGAUUUUGAAGAUUUUGAUUAGAACCUCCAGAGCCCAUGUGCACAGAAGGAGGCAAAAGAAUCGGGGUGUCAGGGGUGGGGUCCAGCGAGGAGAGGACUUCAGAGGAGCCAGAGAGGAAAAAAAGAUAACUUGGAAAGCCAUCAGUCCAAAUCCAUGACCUGAAAGGCGAAGGGGACUGGAGUCUUAGGGGCCACUCUGCGAUCGGGGCCCAGGACCGGGGGUGUCCACCAUGGCCGUGGCUGACACCGUCCUGCCAUCCAUCAACACUCUGGCCGGCUUCAAUCAGUUACAGGACAAACAGCUGGAUAUCUUGAAGUGGUGGAGAGUGGAUGAACCCCAAGAGAUAGUGUCCCCCAAGCCGCCAGCCCCCUCGGCCUCCCUGGUCCCCACCCGCCGCUCCCCUCAUGUCAAAAAGGAGGAGGAUGAAGAAGACUCUUACUGGGACCUGGACUUCCUCCUCACCAACUUCCCCAGCACGGAGAUGGGUGGCCACUGGCCCAGCACUCCGGUGGGCUACGGAACCCCGGACGGACCAGACGGCCCCAGCCUCUAUCCGGCGGAGACCUACCCUUCUUCGUCUGAGCUGCUGGGAGGGUUCUCUGGGGGCGGGGGGACCACCCUGACCACCCCAGCUUCCUCCAGCCUAGUGGCCGAGUUACUGUCCCCCGAGCCCCCUCCGGCCUGGGCCAGACCUGUAGUCAAGCCCCCAGGUGAUAAUGGGGUUCUGGAGGCCUUUCGGGGCUCCCCCACCUUUCCCCAGGCCCGGGUGGAGCAGGCCCCUGACCCCCAGCCCCUGGGAAGCCUUCCCGAUCCCAAGCCUGUGACUUUGAGGCCUUGUUACCAGGUCCCCAGCGCCAGCUACUUCCACCCGGCCAAGGCAGGGAGCUUGGGAGACAAGGGGACCCCGAGGUAUCCCUUCGCCGGGGCCCCCCCAAUGGCUCCCUAUGGGAUGGUGAGCGGCUACCAGCCCUUUUACUCGCCGCCACCCUUGCACAGCCAGUACCAGGGCCGCUUCCAGCUGUACCGGGCUCAGCCCAGCCCAGCCCCUGCCUCCCCGGCCUUCCUGAGCCACCUGCCACCGGGGGCCGGGGCCGGAGCCGAAGACACAAAGCCCAAGCGCAGCCGUCGUUCCUGGCCCCGGAAGCGCCAGGCCAGCCACACCUGCAGCCACCCCAGCUGUGGCAAGACUUACACCAAGAGCUCCCACCUGAAGGCACACCUGAGGACCCACACAGGGGAGAAGCCUUACGCCUGCACUUGGGACAACUGCGGCUGGAAAUUUGCUCGCUCGGAUGAGCUGACCCGGCAUUACCGCAAACACACGGGGCAACGCCCCUUCCAGUGCCAGCUGUGCCAACGCGCCUUCUCCCGUUCUGACCACCUCGCCCUGCACAUGAAAAGACACACAUAGUCUCCACUCACCCCUCCCAGAGAGGGGGGGUGGGGGGGGGAGCAGUCACCUGCCGGGUACCCGAGACACCAGUCCCCAGGCAGCUCCAUAUCCAUUGCCGACCGGGGCCCCUCCCACGGUUUGAACAGACAGACGAGCUUGGAGACUUUAGGGGGGAGAGGGCUCCGCCGGUAUGCUCUGUUUUUUCCUGGAAUGAGGCUGCGUCGGUUAGGAGAGGCCCAACCGCCCCCCUCCCCCUUCUCCCCACCCCUUCCCCCCUCCCCAAUAUUCUGGAUGACUGGAAGGUGGCUCCCCUUGGGAAGGCCACAUUAAGGCGCGGGAUAGGGAGGGCAUCUUGUCGGGGGCGGGGCGUGGAACCUAAGCCCCAAGCCCUUAGCCCUAAAGAAAGGGUUAGCGCCAAGAAGAGAGAGGACCGGUCUCUUGAGAAAGUCCUGCUCCCUUCCUCCCAUCGCCCCAAUCCCAGCACCCUGGUUAGCGCUUGCACUCUCUGGAAGGAAACGUGGGGAGGAGAAGGGUCUGCUCUCAGCUCCCUCCUCGUCCCCUGACGCCCCUCCCGGUCCCCGAGCGUAGCCCCGGGAGAGCAGCUAUUCCGGCCAGAGUCAGCCUCUUCCCCGCCCCGCCUCCCCCUCCGCCAGCAUUAGCGAUGACUAAGGCGCGGUAAGCAGUCGCCGCCGUAAAUGGUUAAUGCCCCGCUCCGUCCUCCGUCCCCCUGCUGCUGGCCGAAGGCCUGGGCCGCCUUAACCCCUUUUCCAUCCGCUCGAGGACACUGGUUGGGGGGGUCGGGGGCUCCCGCCUUUUCCUCCUGGCGUCUCCGGGGUUGCCCAGGGCUGUGAGAUCGGUAGCGCGGAGGGGAGGCUCGGUCCCGGCCCGCCUGGAGCUUAAUCCAGGGGUCGGCGGGGUGGCCCGGGCUGGGGUUUCGCUGGGCGGAGGUAGGAGUAGUGAUCCGGGGGCGGAUGCGACCCUCCACCAAGGAAGGAGGAGGCCGGCACCCCCGCCCCCAAGUAGGACGGAGAGCAAGGGCAGAGCUGGAUGGAGGCCGGCAGCGGCUACUCCCUUCCCAUUUGCGCCUGGUCCCGCUGCACCUGCCGAACGUUUUGUAAAUGGUCUUUCCGCUCUGCGACGCCCCCUCGAUAAAGCUGUUGCUGAAACGCG